AUGAUUGCUAAUUCUAUUUUUUCGAAAUUUGUAUUUGUAUUUUUCUUAUUGUGGAGAAUCUGUGAAGCUUGUAUUCCUACUCAACAAAUUGAAAGUGAGUUUUAGCUAGGGGGAACUCAGAAUUUUUGCUGAAAAUUGUUUAGCUCUAGAGUCUAGACUUAAAAUUUAAAACUGAAAAAUCUGAAUACCUCAUUUUCCAGCCACUACAACCACAACCACCACAGUCGCACCAAUCUACGGCUGCCCUGAUGCCACGUGGACAAUCAUAAAUCGAGCCACUUAUUAUUGGUGUGCUCAAGCCAUUUCAUAUCCAGAGUAUCCAGAUGAAUACGUCACAGAAUGUGCAAAUCUCCACGCAAAUGCGAAAGUUUGGGGUGUCCAAGAUCAGGCCGAACUUCAAACAAUGCUAACAUUAACUCGAACUCUAGUAACCGUAGGUCGCCUUGGUUUUGGAGCGAAAAGAGUAUCAACUUGUGAAGCUGUGAUUGGAGUUGAUGCGAGUUGUACAGCUCUGAAUAGUUUUGAAUGGACUGACGGGUCUACAACUGGAACUGAUGGUUUUUAUUGGAUGCCUGGAUUUCCUGCAAAUCCUUAUGGUUCUUCUGAUCCUGCGAAUUAUCUUCAAACUGAUAUUUCUACUGGUGAAAUGUAUGAUUAUUAUGGAAAUUCUUAUUGGGAAGCGGCUAUAUGUGGAAUGCUACCGAUUCAGUUGAAUUAA